GUCUUAAUCUAGCCGUCAGAUUGGUCGUUUAUACGCCAUCUGGUUAAAAUAUAUUCGAGUUUUUUUUCAUAUAUCGGUGUAUUUUUCCAGUUAAUUUUAGAUCAGUACCAUUGUGCGUGGCGGCGCCACGACGCGGCUGGCGAUACGCGCGUGUUUGAUAGUUCAUAUUUACGCGUCGAUUUUGUUGAUCGUCGGUUAUAGUAGUGAACACUUGUUUAGUAUUAAAAUUAUUCUUAAAUAACACAAGAUAAACAUUGAAGCCUACAAGUUUAUAAGGAAAAUCAAAUAACAAAGGCGCAUUAUGACUCCGACGGGCGGGGCAGAGCCUCCACAUAUAAUGUUGCUGGACGGGGGUUUCUCCACGCAGCUGUCGUGCCACGUGGGCCACGUCAUCGACGGAGACCCGCUCUGGAGCGCGCGCUUCCUCCACACCCACCCUGACGAGGUUGUCAACACACAUCUCGACUUCCUCAGAGCGGGGGCCGACAUGAUCAUAACUAACACCUACCAGGCUUCGGUGGAGGGGUUCAUGGAGCACCUGGGCCUGGACCGCCAGCAGAGCACCGACCUCAUCGUGCGCGCGGUGGAGCUGGCCAAGCGCGCUGUCUCGCUCUAUCUCGACGAGUAUCAGGACUACGUCCAAGAUGAUCGCAGACCGCUUAUUGUGGGGUCUGUGGGUCCUUACGGUGCCCACCUUCACGACGGCUCAGAAUAUGACGGCAGUUAUGCUGAUACCACAUCAGUCGAGGUGAUGCGCGAAUGGCACCGCCCGCGAUUCGAGGCACUCAUCGAAGCUGGCGUGGACUUGUUGGCUCUGGAGACGAUCCCCUGCCAGGAGGAGGCCGAGAUGCUCUGCGACAUGCUGCGUGAGUUCCCUGCGAUGAAGGCCUGGCUCUCCUUCAGUUGCAAGGAUGACCAAAGUAUAGCUCAUGGUGAAAGUUUCCAAAAAGUGGCGAAGAAAUGCUGGGAUUUGAAUCCGGAGCAGCUGGUAGCAGUAGGUGUGAACUGCUGCGCUCCCUCCUACGUGGCAAACUUAUUAAAAGGCAUCAACGACGACCGGCCACACGCCCCCAUUCCUCUUAUCGUGUACCCUAACUCUGGCGAAAAAUACAAUCCUCAAAUAGGAUGGAUUGAUCGUGAUAAAUGUGAAGCUGUAGAAGUAUUCAUCAAGGAGUGGCUAGACCUGGGCGUGCGGUACGUAGGUGGCUGCUGUCGCACAUACGCCAAUGAUGUCACACGCUUCCGCAACCAGGUGCGCUCGUGGUGCGACCAGUACAACUUCAAGUCCAAAUUUCAAGAUCAGUCUAAGUCUAUAACUGACUAAAAUAUGCUAUUUUAAUGGACUAAUCAAGACAUAAAAGAUUUGAUGGCUAAAGAAAAAUCUCAAUCCCAAAAUUGUCUACGUUUACGUCGCAUGUAGGACUCGAUAUAACCAAUCCUUUUAAUCAAAGACCAGCCUAAACCCAUCGUUGAUUCAUUCUUCGUUUGUCCUACGUUACGUCAACACUAUAAAAUGGACAAAGUAGUCAAUAUAAAAUAGUACAAAUCUUAAAAACAUCAAAUAGCGAAAAAUAGCUAAGUAGAUAUAUCUCUUUUAUGUUUACGGCGUUGUAAACUUUUACGUCUUUUAAAAACAACGAUCCUUUCCACGUAAAAGGUCCCUAACGGGCGCGAUUUAGAAUAAAAUUUAUUCUACGAACAAAUUGGAAGCUCACAGAACUAGUUUUUAAGCCAACAGCAGUUAGGAGUUUUGCAGUUAUUUUAUACUUGUUCUAUGUAAACGUAAAACUUUUGUAAUGAUAAGUAUAAAUGUGCCAUUGACUUUAUUGUUUCAAAAUGUAUUUUUUGAAUAAUUUGUUAUUAUUAUUACAACGUUAUUGUGAAGAAAUAUAUGUAUAUAAAAGUA